AUGUGUUCACCUCUCCCACUUGAAUAUGUGCACCUCUUGAUAGAAAUAAAUUUACAUCUUUCCCUAAAUAAUUCUUUCUUUCUAAUCAUAGGAACGGUGAAUCUAUCUAUCUAUCUAUCUAUCUAUCUAUCUAUCUAUCUAUCUAUCUCAUGUUGCAGUCCACAAUACAUGCAUACGAGGACGCAAGACGCGAUGACAUACGUUCGUAAGUACGGCCGACCAGACCUAUUCAUAACUUUCGCGUGUUACCCAAAAUGGUACGCAAUUGCUAAAGAACUUAAGUUAAUGGAUGUGAUUCAAAAGGGCCAGGUUUUUGGGGCUGCUUCCUGUCGCAUGCACACUAUUGAGUGGCAAAAACGCGGCCUGCCUCACGCACAUAUACUAAUUUGGCUGUGCGACAAGAUUGAGGCCACAGAAAUCGAUCAUCUUAUUUCUGCUGAAAUUCCUGAUCCGUCGGCUGACCCUGAAUUGUACGAAAUUGUGACAACCAACAGGAUUCAUGGUCCCUGCGGGUCGCAUUACAAUUACACCAGCUGUGACAACAGCGACGGCAAAUGCACCCGGCAGUACCCACGAGUUUUCGUGAGCGAAACCAUUACAGGGUGCGAUGGUUAUCCACUGCACCGCCGAAGGAGUUCCGCUAAGGGAGGAUUUACAGCCGUAGUAAAAGGCCACCAAGUGGAUAACAGAUGGAUAGUGCCAUACUGUCCCCUGCUAACAAAAGCGUUCAAUGCGCACAUCAAUGUCGAAUAUUGCCAUUCAGUUCGCUCCAUCAAGUAUGUAUGUAUAUACAUCAACAAAGGGACAAUUGCGACACCCCAUCGUGCAGCAAAAAAUCGAUAA